GACGUCAACUUGACAUUGACAAUAUGACAAAAGUGAAUGACAAUACAAUUUUUGUACAAACUCGUAUGCGGUGAUUACUGCACAUAAUUUUAAUUGAUAAAACGUUUACAUUGAGAAGAGUUAAAAAUCUUUAUCUCAUAAAAUUUAUUUUUUCUAUCAUCACCAUGAGUUUUGGCCUGCCUUCAAUAAAAGUUAAACCAGAAAAUGCUUGCAGUAUCAAGCCACAAGAAGGCCCCUUCGGGAUCCCAGACCCUAUGAUUGCUGGCAUUGCUGCAACAAAACCAAAAAUCGGUGCAUCACAUCCUCUCGAGGAAUCUGAACGAAAUUACCACUUAAACGAAGAAAAAAUGAGUAUGGCCAUGCUCCGCAAUGUUCAGGGCCUGCAUGCUCCUCUAAAACUUACGAUGGAGAUGAAGUUUGCAAAUAAGGUUGGGCGCUUACCAUUUCUUCCUAGUUCAAACUUGCAACGUGAAGUUCUGAAUGGCAGAUACUUGGACAUCGGCUUUGAAGAUAUUCUCAACACUCCAGACCUCUGUGAAGUAGCAGGACAGCCUCAUGCUAUGGUGGAGAGAUCACUUGGUAUUUUGUGAAAUGAUCUACCUAAUUGUAAUGAAUAUGUAAUGUUUUCUCUCAAUUAUUAUUUUUAAUACACAACUAAUACUUUUUUAUUAUGUCUCAAUGAAACCUAGUUUUGAUAAAAUUCCCACUCAAUUUAAUAAAAUAGUUGUUACAAAAGUAAUGUCAACUAUUAAAAAUAAAAACUGCAUACAUAAGAUUAUUUUGCAAAUAU